AUGGCACGCGGCGCAGAAUCCAAGCGGAGGCGAUUGAGCCCUCCGGGCGAUGACGAGGCCGUCCAGUCCAAAGCCGAUAUGGAGUGGGACGUUGAGCAAGAUUACGAGCGCCGCCCGCGCAAAGUCACCAAGAAAGCCGGCGAGAGCGCACGACUGCCAAUCAAGACCUCCGAGGGCUUCGUCCAAGCCGAAGUCCAACCACCCACACAAGAUGAAGACAAGGGCGAGGAAACCGACAGCUUUUUAGGCACCGACGAUGACGAGGAGGACGAGGAAGGCUCAGAAGAGGAAGAGGAAGUCGAGGAAGAACUCCCCAAGAUCCCGAUCAAAGUCCAAAUCAUGCAAGCCAAGGAAGAACUUGCCAAGAUGGCAACUUUGAUCAAUGAGGAGCCCGAGGAACACACCUCUCUGUUCAAGACAAUGGCGGAGAUGGUCACAAGGAAGAACACCUGCCUCACAGUCAAGAAGCUCGCCCUUGCUUCGCAGGCUACCAUCUACAAGGAUGUCAUUCCCGGUUACCGUAUUCGUCCAUUGAGCGAAGAGGACAAGACAGGCAGAGUGUCCAAGGAAGUGCGCAAACUCCGCGACUUUGAGCAGUCCCUCGUCUCGGGAUACCGCAACUAUGUCCAGACUCUUGGCACACUAGCAAAGAACUCAAGAGAUGGCUCCAUUGAUCCUUCAUUGAAGAGUUUCGCGAUCAACAUGGCGUGCACUAUGCUUCUGGCAGUACCUCACUUCAACUUCCGCAGCGAAUUGCUCAAGAUUCUGGUAAACCGCCUAGCACGGAGAACAGUCGAUGCCGACUACGUCAAGUGCCGUGAUACAUUGGAAGACGUUUUCGCAAAGGACAACGAUGGAACCGUCUCUCUCGAAGCCACGGCUCUGAUCGCCAAGAUGAUGAAGGCCAAGGAUUUCCACAUUCACCCCAGUCUACUUGACACAUUCCUUCACCUCCGCCUAUUGGGUGAGCUCCACAUGAAGGCAUCGCAAGACCGCGCCGACCGCGAAGAAGAAGAGGUGCCAGGCAAGAAACCCAAGCAAAAGCGCGAGUUCCGUACGAAGCGAGAGCGCAAGGUGCAAAAAGAGCGCAAGGAAGUCGAGAAGGACAUGCGCCAGGCUGAUGCCGUGGUAUCCCACGAGCAAAGAGACAAGAACCAAGCCGAAACACUCAAGCUGGUGUUCGGUCUAUACUUCCGUAUCCUGAAGCUCCGCAUUCCCCCUCUCAUGGGUCCUGUCCUUGAAGGAUUAGCGAAAUACAGCCACUUGAUCAACCAAGACUUCUUCGGUGACCUGUUGGAAGCCCUGAAGGAUCUCAUCAACCACGCCGAGCGCGAAGAAAUGGGCGAGGAAGGUGACCAGGAAGUCACCCAAGAGGAAGACGACGAAGAAGACCAAACCACCAUCGUUGAGACAGCCGCUCGCGAUGCCCGUCGACGAACCCUUCUCUGCACAGUGACUGCCUUCGCCCUUAUGGAAGGCCAAGACGCCAGCAAAGCCGCCGCAGGCCUCCACCUCGACCUGAACUUCUUCAUCAAGCACCUCUACCGCUCCCUCUACUCUCUCGCCAUGAACCCGGAAGUCGAGUUCAACCCCGACACCUCCCUCCGGCUCGCCGACCCCAACUUCUCCUCCGACGCCUCGGAGCUUGCCCAGAGCCGCUCCAAGAACAGAGUCAACUUCCAGACCCCCAUGGUUCUCCUCCUGCGCUGUCUGCAGCCGACCUUGCUGUCUCGCGCUCAUGGUAACCCGCCCCCUGCACGACUGGGUACUUUCUCCAAGCGUCUUAUGACUACUUCGCUCCAGCUGCCGGAGAAGUCUGCUCUCGCUACACUGGCGCUUAUGAACCAGGUUUCGAAGUACCACGGUCGUCGGAUCUCGUCGCUUUGGCAUACUGAGGAGCGGAAGGGUGAUGGUGUCUUCAACCCCCGGGCUAAUGAUAUCGAGGCCACCAAUGUCUUCGCUGGUACGGUGUGGGAAGGCGAAUUGCUGCGUCUGCAUUAUUGUCCGCAGGUGCGGGAGGCGGCAAUCGACAUUGAGAAGAUGAUGAACAAUUCUAAGUAA